UUCGUGGAGCACUGGGAGGAGAGGGGGUUUGGUGUGGAAGCAGCAGAAAUGGCCAGCAAAGUGUCAAAUCUGUUAUACUGGCGAGAUGUGGGGACCACCGGGCUGGUGUUUACAGGUUUGGUUGUGGGUUUGGCUUGUUUAUUCCAGCUCAGUGCCAUCACGAUCUUGUCCAACCUCGGUUUAGGCUUCAUGGCCUUCACUCUCCCUGUAUGCCUGCUCUACAAAGCCAUGAUGCUUGUCCGCCUCUGUGAUGGAUCUCAUCCUUUUCAGUCAUAUUUGGAUGAGGACCGUACACUGACAGAUGAGGACACAGUUUGCAUAGCGGAACAAAUCGUUCUGCUGAUUGCUAUGGCUGUCACCGAGUUGAAGAGGCUGUUCUUCAUCGAUAGCAUCAUGGACUCAGUGAAGUUUGUUGUGUUCCUGUAUUUGUUGAGCUAUGUGGGGGUCCAAGCCAAUGGUCUCACGCUGUUGAUGAGCGGUGUGAUAUGUGCCUUCUCUCUGCCACUGUUUUACAGACUUCAACAGGAAAGGAUCGACAAGAUUGCCAAAGCAAUCAAAAAACUUGUAGAAAAAGUCACCGAAAUAGUUGAUCUUGUGAUUUCACUGGCCAAACCUCCACCAGCCCCAGCCCCAGCCCCAGCCCCUUCCCCUGCCCCCACAGCAAAACAUAAACAGAAGACUAAAUGAGGAAGAGAGAGAGAGAGAGAGAGAGAGAGAGAUGGGGGCGAGGAGCAGAAAUGUUGAGUACAUUGAACAAACAAAGUCUUAUGCUGCAGCUGUAGCCCUGCGAGUUCAGCAGGGUCGUGGGUUUGGGGGUUAUGAUCGAGCGUUAUGUUUUACAUUACGUUUCUUACAGUGCUAGGAGAUUCUUCAAUAGGUCUUCUGAAAAGAAUUAAACAACAGACAGAAAAGUCCAGAUAUAUGUCUAAUGUAUUCGUUUAACU